AUGCUGCCGGCGGGCGGCCCCAGCCCCGCGCAGACCUGCGGGGCCGUGCUGGUGGCCGCCGUGCUCCUGCAGUCCGUCUGCGUGGCCGUCACCUUCCUGUACUUCACCAGCGAGCUCCGACAGCUCCAGGACUCGUACUCCAAGAGCGGCAUCGCUUGUCUCACCGGGGAGGAGAUCAGAAAUUCCAUCCAAAACUUGGAGCUCAUCGAGAGCGAGGACAGAGAAGCUGAUCCCUGCUGGCAAGUAAAGUGGCACCUGGGAAAGUUAAUUAAAAAGAUGAUGUCAAGAAGCUACGAGGAAAACAUUUCUGCAAUCAACGUGGAAAGGACUCUGACGCUGCCACACACGGAGGCGCAGCAGCCGCGCAGCCCCAUCCGCAGGAUCGCGGCGCACCUGACGGGCAGCAGCGGCAGGAGGAGCUCCCUGUCCUCACGCAUAAAUACCUUGCCCAGAAGAGGAAUUGGACACAAAAUAAACAGCUGGGAAUCAUCAAGAAAAGGCCACUCCUUCCUUUACAACGUGGAGCUGAGAAAUGGCGAGUUAGUGAUACCCCAGACGGGCUUUUAUUACAUCUACUCACAAAUUUACUUCCGCUUCCGUGAAAACGAGGACUCAGAUUUGUUGGGACAAAUCAGAAACCCCAAACAGCUCGUCCAGUAUGUUUACAAACUGACUAAUUACCCUGAGCCCAUUUUGCUCAUGAAAAGUGCAAGGACAAGCUGCUGGUCUAAAAAGGCGGAAUAUGGACUUUAUUCCAUCUAUCAAGGUGGUGUGUUCCAGCUGAAGAGAGAGGACAGGAUUUUUGUCUCUGUCAGCAACAGUGACAUAGUUGACAUGGACAAAGAAGCAAGUUUUUUUGGAGCCUUUAUGAUUGGUUAGAGCAUGAAAAUCAUGAUCACAAUCAGCCCAGCUUUUCUAGUCAGGGACAGCUUGAAUUCCUAUCAAAUAGGGGAUAACAAGCAAAAGCUGCGGACUGCCCUUUCUCAGCUCACUCACGAGUUCUGUCCCAGCAGGCAGGAAGAGCAGCAGAGCUGGCUGUGCAUGGCAAUGCUCUGUGCAGGCACAGGCUGCCAGGCUGGGAAGAAGGUGUGAGGGAUUCACAGCCCUCAGGUGAUACCUUUGGGCAGGUAAGCACUCAGCAGCAGCAGAGGUGCUCCAGGCUGACUCAGCUAUGGCACGAGGGAUGGAGGAUGCUCCAGGUCUGGUUACUCAAGGCUGAGGCUGGAUAUCAAAUUUUGUGUGUGGUCUCCGUUGGGACCCUAUUUUGAACGUGUCAGCUCCUGAAAGGAGCCUUUGUACAUACUGUGCCCAAGUGCCUGUGGAAUUUCUCCAGAAGUUUCUUGAACGGGAGUUCUGCAGAAGCUGCACGCCUUCAUCUCGUCUAACAAAGCACUUAAGCACCUAAUUAAUUUUAAGCACACCAACAGUCUGACUACGUCAGGGUAUCCACAUGCUUAAAAUUAAGUAUGUGCUUAAGCAUUCUCCAGGAUCGUGUCUUGAGUAAACACAUUUGUCUUGGGGGGGGGGUAUUGUAUAUAAGAACAGCUGCUGGAAUAGCACUGAAGAGCUUUCAAAAUUAAUCUGUGUUUUGAUCAACAUUUUGUAACAGUGCCUGUUUACUUAAUUACUGUGCUGCAGACAUCUCACCAGGCUCCCAAUAAGUUCAGUAAUGCAGUUGCUGUUACAUUUGUUGACAACAAGAACUGGAUCUAGGGAAAAAAAAAAAAAAAAAAAGGUGAGUUUCUGUAAAUAUUGAAUUCUGUGAGAAAUUGCAGCAAGUUAGGCAUGACAAGAUUCUUCCGUGUUUAUUUGUACUGGUCUGUGUUUGUUAGCAUCCAAUAUAGAAUAACACACCCCAAUGACUAACAUUUUAAGGAAAACAGGCACAACUACGUGUACUUAGAAAAAUGCUGCUUAGUUAGGUAAUGCUGUAAUUAUUAGAUUUUAUUUUCAGGAAUGGGUGGAAAAUUUUCACAAUUUUUUUUUUUUAAUGUAAAAUACUUUUUUUUAAAAAAAUGAGCAGUAUAUUUUUUAACUCAAUGAAAUGUACUAUUUUGUAUUAAAAGGUUUUGAAAGUUUAGACUCUCUGGGCUCACUGCACAACAAAAGUCCGGUGGUGUAAAUCAGCACAUCUGUAGCAUUGUUAGUGGAAGAAUAGCAAAUUACACCAUGAAUGCAUUUUGCCCAGAUUCGGAAGAAACAAUGGGAAAGGUGAAAAAAAAAAAAUAUUGGGGGAAAGGAAGACAGUUCUGCAAAUGUUACUUCACAUCAACAGAGUGAUAGCAGGAUAAAGUCUGGCUGUCUGCUUUUUGAAUACACUGGGGUUGCCGUGGGAACCCUCCCAUUCACCUGCACAUCCUGAUAAUUAAAUCACAGCAGCCCCUGCACCGGGGCCUCACCAGUAAACAGGCCUGGCUCAUCUCCCUGCCCAGCCAACAACAGGGGAUUAACAGCCUCGAGCCCCUGUGUUCAUCUGGCCAUGCAGACCAGCAGGUGUGUGUGCUCACUUAAAUACCUGUGUUGGAGCUGCAAGAGAAUUAUUUCAGGAGUAGCCUUCUUUUGGCAGGUUAGGGCAAAGAAACACACCAGUGUAAGCUGCAAGUAAUGAGUUUUAACCUCUGCCUGCUGUUUGACAGUGUCACACACGCUGUUUUCAGUGGCAAUCAAAUAUGUGAAAUUCUUCACCAUUUACUGGAACGCUUUGGUUUGCCUCCUUCUCAAAUCAUCUGUUUUGACAGAGAGCAGAAAACAUUUCUGGAGUUUCCUUUCUGAUUUCAGUAUUCAGAAAUUUUCUCCCUGUCAGAAAGGCUGGAGACCAGAGCCAUCCCCUACAUACCUGUAUAUCUUUUACCUUGGAGAAAUGACUUUUGUAGAUUCUCUUUGCAGAUGGACUGGGCUUGGUGAUCUCAGCAUAGGACUGACCCCUGCUAUCAGGUUUGGUCUCUGCAUGCAGAGCAUAUUGCAAUAGGAAUCACACCAAAUAAUUUUCUGAGUGAUCUGAAGGCAUGUUUGCCAGAUCUUAUCUUGGGGGAAAGAUUAUCAAGGGAUGUCAGACAGGACAUCUUUGAAGAAGGGAAAAAUAUAGCAACUUGUUUGUGCUGUGUCCUGACUCACAUUUCUCAUCUCACUUUAUGCUGAAUGACAUAUGUAGCAAAUGUUUAUAGGUCGUGUUAAUGCGUGAAUAUUGUAAUUUUUCUACAUGCCUUUUAUAUAAAAUGUUUUUACUAAA